AUGGUUAUUGUCAGUUUGGAAGUAAAUAAUUUCAAAUCAUAUAAAGGUCAUCAUGUGAUUGGAACGUUUAAACAGUUUUCAUGUAUUAUCGGUCCUAAUGGUUCAGGUAAAUCGAAUUUGAUGGAAGCAAUCAUUUUCGUACUGGGUUAUAAAUCAUCACAGAUCAGAGGUACAAACUUGACUGAUCUAAUAUUUAAACCAAUGAAAGAGAAAGAUACAACAACAUCUGAUGAUAAUAAUAAUAAUGAUGAUUUAAUGAAAGAUUCAUUUGUAAAGAUGAAUUAUCAUCACAAACCAACUGAUAAACAUCAUGUUUUUACGAGAAAGAUUAUCAUUCAGAGACAAAAGACAGUGAAUAAAGAUGGCGAGGAAUCAGAGAGAGAAGUUGCACAGUCACAGUAUUUCAUCGAUGAUACAUUGCUAAAGUAUGAGGAAGGGAAUCCGUGUGAAGAUGAUAUUGCUCUCGUUGCGAUACCGUCUCGGAAAGAUCCAUCAGCUGUCGGAGAAGCUGCUGGGAUAUCGAAAAUCACUCAUUAUAUUGAGCGCGCAGAGAAGAAUCAUUCGGUGCAGUUGACGACUAUCGACCAGUUGCGAACGGAGCUACUCGAGUUGGAGCGACAAGAGUCGGUGCUUGACAACGAGGAGAUUGCCAAGAAGAUCGAUCUCACUCGUGAGCAGAUGGAGCAAUACAGUGCAAUAAAGUUACAGGCUGGAAGAGACACUGCCGACCUGAAGAAACAAGUGGAUUCACUGACGCGUCAACAGAAUAUCGAGAAUGCUUCACUCAUGACAAUGGAAGCAAAGAAAGAGGAUUUGGAAAAGAUGAAAAGUCAGCUGCUCGAGACCAGCGAGAAGAUGAAGGAGCGUUUGGAGAUGUCCACUCAGGUGGCGAAUGAUACUGCAGCGCGACUCGAUGCACUCAAAGAGGAACUAAAGAAUGUGACAGGCAACAACAAGACAUUGCUGAACCGACAGAGUCAAUUGUCCUCGGAGUUGGAUCGUAUUCAAUUCAUUGUAUCGGAGGACAAGACAGAGAAGAACGAGAAGGACAAAGACAAGAGAAUGAACUUGAUUAUUGCAUCGUUGAAAAACCUGAUGCCCGACGUAAGAGGUCGUCUCUCCGACUUGGUGGAGCACACUCAGAAGAAGUAUGCAACUGCCGCCGCUGUUGCCAUGGGUAAGUUGAACGAUGCCAUCGUCGUCGACACUCAAAAGACUGCAUACACCUGCGUUGAAUACAUGAAAGAGCAGCUCUAUGGAACAGCUACAUUCCUGCCACUCGAUCGGCUCAACCCGAAAGCACUCGAUCCCAAACUCCGUCAGAUAGGUGGUACUUCAAAGCUGCUGAUCGACUGUCUAAAGUUUGACAAGGUGAUAGAGCCAGCCGUAAGAUAUGUCGUGGGAAACACGUUGGUUUGCGACAGUUUGAACGAAGCGAAACAACUCGCUUUUGGAAACCAGUAUCAGCGUCACAAAGUCGUCACUAUUCAGGGCAUAAAGAUCACCAAGACCGGUUUGAUGAGUGGUGGUCUGAUGGGAGUGAAGUCAAAGACCAAGUUGGACGAGAGCAAGAUCGAGGAGCUGAAGAAACAACGUGAUUCCAUUCAACAGGAACUGGCAGAGAUCGCAUCGAAACUCGUUAGUAUCAACGAUAUUCAGGUGAUGAACAAUCAGGUCAAUGAAAUGACACUGUCUGUCAACACCAAUCGCAUUACAAUGGCGCCACUACAGGAGCGUAUCAACCGUAACACCAAGGAGCUGGACACUCUCAACAAGGAACUCGCCAAGCUCGCGCCAGAAACUGACAAACUGAAGCAAUCGAUUGGCUCGCGUAAAGAACAAAUCAAUGAACUUACAUUCGAUAUCAACGCAGUCGAAGAGGAGUUGUUCAAGGAUCUGAGCAAUGAACUCGGUGUCAAGAACAUCAAGGAGUUUGAAGAGGAACGUCUCUCAAAGAUACAACAGGCAUCGACAGAGAAGAUGGCACUUUCACAAGCGAUCUCUAGAAUCAAGAAUCAACUUGAAUACGAAAGCUCCAGAAAUCUCGAAUCGGAAAUCCAAUCACUACGUGCAGACCUCGAAGCAAACCAAGCGACUCUUGACAGACAAAUUGAACUUCAAGAAGAUUGUCAAAGAGAAGUUUCAGAGUUUGAAUCAAAAUCCAAAGAUUUAAAUACAAAAGUUAAAAGUUUGAAAUCUACAUUGGUAGAUAUGAAUACAGCUAUCAAAGAUAUUAAAAAGAAGAUUUCAGAUAAUAAUUUCAAGAGAGGACAAAUUGAAAAUCAAACAAUGGUUGGAUUGAAUGAAAUUAGACAAUUAAAGAAAGAAUAUCAUUCACAUUUAUUGGAAGCAAAAACAGAGAAUAUUAGAAUUCCUAUGACAAAACUAGAGGAUGAAGAUACGGAAAUGAAAGAUGUUGGCGAAGGAGAAGAAGGAGAAGGACAAGACAAGGAAAAAGAGAAAGAAGGUGGAAAGAAGAAAGUUGAAAAAAAGAAGAAGCAGGAAAAGUCUUUUGCAAAGAAAUCUAGAAAGAGAAAAUCAACUGCCAGAGAGACCGAACAAGAGGAGGAAACAGAUAACGAUUUAUCGCGUGUCUAUCACGAUUCCGAUGAUGAGGAUUUCGACUCGGACAAUGAAGACGACCUCGAGGAUGAAGCGGACAACAACUUUGGUUCACUAGUGGAGUUGCCACCCGAUGUAAUGGAUCCAGAGGAAGAUGAAUUCUACGAGAAACACAUUGGCAUUCCAAUCGAUUUCGCAUUGGUCGAGGACAUCGUCAUAAAAUCAGAGGAGCGUUUGAAUUACCAGUUGAAGGAAUUCUCUCACGAUCUUCACAAGAUAAAGACAUCGAUGGAAACCUACAAUCCAAAUCUGAAGGCAUACGAACACUCACGUGUCGUUUCCAAACAACUGAAAGACACCAUCCAAGAUUUGGAAUCAAAGCGUGAGGUCGCCAAGCAAGCAGACCAAGCAUUUGCCAAAGUCAGAAAGGAUAGAACUCUGUUGUUCAACCGUGCUUUCGAUUCGAUAUCAAAGAAGAUCAAUCAGAUCUAUGCAGAGCUGACACGUGACUUGUAUCCACCAUACUUGAAGGGAAGUGCUCAGUUGGCUGUAGAGGACACUGCCUAUCCUUUCAACGCCGGUGUCAAAUACACUGCCAUUCCACCGAACAAACGUUAUCAAGAGAUGGAUCAGCUGUCCGGUGGUGAGAAGUCGAUCGCUGCUCUUGCACUGCUGUUUGCACUGCACCAGUAUCGUCCAACGCCGUUCUUUGUGCUGGACGAAGUCGAUGCCGCCUUUGACAAUAUCAACGUACUAAAGUUGGUGCGUUACGUACGAAGCAAAUCGACCGAGCAAAAGAAGACUCAAUUCGUUGUUAUCUCACUCAAAGAGAUAUUCUAUCAGAAUAGCGAUGGUCUGGUCGGUGUCUGUCGUGAGCCCGACUCCACUUCGAACACACUGACCUGCAGUUUAGAACACCUUCCCAUCAAAGACGUCGAACUGCUGCCAAUCAAAGAACAAAGUAAAGUCGACGAACGUGUAUUAUCUAUCAGAAAACAAAAGAGACAGUCACUACUACCGGAAUUCAUUUUUACAUCGGCAACAGAAACCAGUGCAACAGAAUCUAGUGAUCAUCCUGAAACAGAUUUUUAA